CGUUCAGAUGUUCCUGCCAAAUACUAUGCAGCAACUCCGUUCUCUGACUGUUCGACCUUCUUUCCCAGCGAAUCCUGCAGGAAUUCAUGACUGGAGAGGUCACACAAGUGUUGGACUUUGAGAACGUUGUAGAAACUGGAUCAGAGACGGAAGAAGAGGAUAGGCUUCUGGUGUCGGAGGAGGACGGCUUGCUCAAUGGGGCGGGGAGUCCAGUCAGCCUCGUCAAUCAUGAGUCCGUGGCUCCGCCCUCUCCGACCCUGGGUCACACGCUGCUGAGGAAGACUGUGGAUGAUGAAGAUGAUAUGAAGGACAGUGGAAUAGAGAACGUCUGGCAUGAAAACGAUUUGCUGAGUGCAUCAGUCGAUGGUACCGACAUGCGCAUCUUCUCUUAG